AGUUUUGUUCUGUGGUCAAAAUCAGCAGUGAGUGACGUGACGAAGGAUUUGUUUCGUGGACAAAAAAGAAACUCGAAAAACUGGCUAACAUUUAAAAGAAAACACAUAUUUAUCAAACUUCUGAUCUAUCCUCUAACAAUGGUAGCUCUCGAGGGCGAAGCUGGGGACGGUAAACUGGCACCCACCGAAGAAACCGAGAAGCAAGAUGAAGUCAAACCACCAACCCUGUUAUCACUAGAAAUCUUCCGUAUAAUCAAGGAGGGUCAGCAGCAGCAUGGUCUGCGGCACGGCGACUACCAGCGCUACCGCGGCUACUGCUCACGGCGCAUCCGGCGCCUCCGGAAGGUUCUCAAGCUGCCACAGGGCGACAGGCGGCACUACCGGCGUCGUGACGUCACCAACACGCACCUAAACGCCAACAAUGCAGAGAACCGUCUGCUCUGUGUGCCUCUACUGCAGGCCGAGAGAGCCUGGGCCCACGCCAUGCAGCUGCGGCAGGAAGCUAACACCGAGCCCAGGAAGAGGUUCCACCUGGUUUCUAGGCUGAAGAAGGCAUGUGCUCAUGCGCAGACUCUGUUGCAGUUGAGCGAGAGCGGCGCCUGCGACGCGCGCACGCAGCUAGAAGCCAGCGCUUACUCCGCCGUCCUCUCCGGUCUAUUCUUACUGGAGCUGCAGCAGUGGCGCGCGGCCGCGGAGAGCCUGCAGCGCGCCUCGCUCGUGCUGGACAAGCUGUGCGCCGCGCUGCCCGACCACGAGCGGCAUGUCUACAAGCAGAAGGUGGAAGAGCUGAAGCCGAGCCUGCGCUACUGCGCCUACAACAUCGGCGACGAGUCCGCGGCCGGCGACCUGCUCGCCAUGCGCGGGCAGGGGCUCAUCGAGAACUUGGACACGCUGAUGGCGCAGGCUAAGGAGACUCGCUCGGGCGUGAUGCAUGAAGUAACCUGGCGCGGGCGGCAGGUGGCAGUCCGCCCGGAGAAGGUGCGUCUGUUCCUCAUCGCUCUCCAGGACCUGGACAAGUCCGUGGCGGCCGCGCCCUCCGUCGACGCCAAGAUCGAGCUGCUCGAGAACAUCCUCAUGGACUGCAAGGACGCCAUCUCGGCCAUCAAGGACGAAAUGAAAGCAGACCCCAAGCUGAAAGCCGCAACGGAAUCCCACGAACUUUCCGGCAUACAAUACCUGCUCAGCUAUCUAAUGUAUUUACGUCUCAUGCGUACCAUCGAGCGUAACAAUCUUCUUGUGGAGCAAGCGGAGGCGGCCAGGAAGAGCAACGGCCAGAUCGACGGCAAGAAGGUGCGGCCGCAAGACCUGACGCGGCUGUUCGAGAUCAUUCUGCAGAACUACGCUGAGCUGCAGCAGUUGCCGGGCUUCGAGAGCGACGCGGCGUACCAGCGCGAGCUCGACGCGCAGCUGAAGGCUUACCGCGCCUUCCGAUGCUAUUAUAUAGCUCAAGUUCUGACGGGACUUAGACGCUUCCGAGAGGCCCUGGCCAUGCUCGAGCGAUCCAGCGCAUACACCGCCGAGUCACUGACCAGUGACCUCACCGACGCACAGCUUAAAGACAAACUGCAAGUCCUGAAGAAGGACAUCGAGAGCUGCAAGUUUGAGGUCCACGCCGAUUCCGUACUAGAAGACGAUGAGGAUGAUGAAGAGACGAAAUACACGUCCAGCGGGAAAGCGUACAAAGACAAGAAGCCGCUGGUUGACCGUCUCGAUGACUAUCGCGAGGAAACGCAGGUGCUUACAAAGAACCCCAAUAUAUUCAAGAUGCCACCCUCGAUGGAAGCUAUCCCGUGUAAGCCGUUGUUCUUCGACCUGGCCUGCAACUUCGUGGAGUUCCCGAACUUGGACGACAAGACCGGCGCGGCCGAUAGUAAGAAGCAGGGCGCCGGUCUUACAGGGUUGGUCAAGGGUUUCUUGGGAUGGGGAAAAGGUGACAAAUAGUACGAAACACAAAUUUAUUUACAUGUUUAUACUACGUAAUAAAAGUAUACAUAUUAUUGGCAUUUCGUUUUGAUGGAAAUAUAUAUUUUGCUUUCAUUUUAA